AUGCCUUUAAAUGAUUAUUUACGAGAAGGUUUUAAUCCACAAUCCUUGAAGAUAUCUGAGUUAAGAAGAAUCUUGACAGAAAAUACCGUGGCUUAUCCCUCAUCGUCAAAGAAAAAGGAUCUAUUGAAAUUAUAUGAUGAAUUUAUUGUACCGAUGAUACCUGAACUACGUGAAAAAUAUGGAAUUUCUAGAUCUAACAAUGAUAAUGAAGGUGAUAUCGAAAUAGUUGAAUCAAAAAUAAAGACUCAGGAAAAGAAGAGGAAAUUAGAAGAUGAUUUUAGCAAUGCAUUUCAUUCCAGAACGUCAUCAAUCUCCUCAGUAUCAUCUAUUGAAGAAGAUAUUAUUAAAGAAUUAAGAAAGAAUGCUGAUACGCCCUCUACACCAAAGAGAAAGAAGCCUAAAUAUGACAUUAAGGAAAAAAAAACAACACCGAUAUUGCAAAAAGUAGCCAGUAAAAAAGUAUCAGAACCUUUUAGUAAGAAUAUAACGCCCAUUUCAAAAUUUGAUAUAAGUAAUUCUUCUAUUUCAGAAGAAGAGCAUGAGUCAGAAGAAAGUUUUCAGAGUGAAAUAAAAAAAAGUCAAUUGUAUGAAAAACAAUUAACUCAAAAUACGAAAGAAAGGAAACCAACUUUUGAUUUUUCAUAUAAAAGACAAAAUUUUGGACAAAAUUCAAAUAAUCUAAAAGUAUCUGCAGAAUUUGGUGAACAAUUACAAAAUAUAGUCCUUGAAAAUAAUGAUAAAAAGGAAUCUGAUAUAACGAAUUUUGAUUCAACAGAUAAUUUACACAAGACUGAAACAUCUUUAGAAGUUAUCAAUGAUCAAUCCCAAGUAUCAAUUAAGGAUGAAGAUAUCAAAGAAAAGAAAGAACCUUUAGAUGAAUCUAUAGUGUCACAAACUCAAGAUUACAGUAUUCCAACAGCAAAGAAUGGUAUCGAUGAAGUUACAGAACUUUCCGAUGUAGGAAUUGAAAUGCCAAUAAGUUCUAGUCACUUAAUAAGAACACCAGAUCUUCCAACAUCACAAGAUGUCAUUACAUCAGAGCAAUUAACAAAAAUGGUUAAGAAUAAUAUAAAUGACGGAAAUGGAGAUUGUUUACAACCUGAAAAUGUCAACUGGUUAACAAAUCCAACAGAAAAAGCUACUUCUACUGAUAUUAUUGAUCUUAAAGCUAGUAAGAAAGAAACUAAAGCUGACAUUAUAGAUCUUGAAGAGAUUGAAGAUGAAAUAGAAUCCAAUGAUCAUAUUGACAAUGAUUUGACUGAAAAUCAUCCUACAGAUGAUACUGACUUAAGCAUUAAUCGUUCGAACGUUUUAAUUAAAACAAAAACAUCAUUUAUUUUUAAACAAUUUGUAAAAUUUUCUUUUAAAAGUUUUUUAUAUUUAACAUUUGGAUUGAUCCUGUCUUUGGUAAUAUGGUUUUACCAAAAUAAUAUAUAUACAGGAUAUUGUGGUCAAGAACAACAUUUUCCUACUUUCAGAGAAAGAUAUCCAGAGUUUUUAUAUUUUGAGAAAAUUGAUUCUAUAUUAACCGAUUAUAAGCCAUCUUGUAUACCAUGCCCUGAGAAUGGUAUUUGUUUUCCAUAUAUGAAUUUAAAAUGUAAACCUGAGUACAAGGUAGAAAGAUCUCCUAUAGAUAUUUUUGGACUAUUUCCAUUUAGAAACAGAUGUGUGAGGGAUGAUAAGAAAAAAGAAUUGAUUAAUGAGGUAGUAUCUAAAUCAUUAGAUUUUCUAAGAUUCAGAAAUGCGCAAAUGGCAUGUGGUGAAUCCAAAGAUGACAUGGAGAGUGGAAUAGCUGAGACUGACUUGUUUAAUAUCUUCCAAGAAUCAAAAACUUCUUCACUUGAAGAUGAAGAAUUUCAAGAUAUUUGGGAACAAGUGGUUGAAUUGUUGAAAAAACAACCAGACAUUAUAUACAGGCAAGUGAGUACAAUUGAUUUUUUUAAUGAUGAUAUAGAAAACAAAGAAUUUUUUACUAACAAACUUUUACAGAUACCAAUCCAUAAAUAUAGAUCUUGCACAGACACCAAGGAGUCAAUACGAAGACAUGGAGUUCAAGGGAAAAAAGGACAUCUUUCAAAAGAGAACAGACCUUCUCAAAACAGAUAUUUUCGCUCAACAUCCAAGAAGUACAUAACCUUGAAAUGCCAUUUUGAAUUGGAGAUCAUUAGAACAUAUCAAAGAUUUAAACAUUUCAUAUGGUUUGGGCUACUUUCUGUCUUGUUGUUGAAAGUUAUUCAGAUUAAAAUACAAAAUUAUUUCUUGAGGAAAUCAAAGAUUAAACAUCUGACAAAUGUUGUUAUUGAGAGAUUGAAAAAGAAUAAAAUAGAGACCCCUGAUGUUCCUUAUCUAAGUUCUGUUCAACUAAGAGACAUAUUAAUAAAUGAUGAAGCUAAUAUAAAACUUCGCAAUAGUAUUUGGAAUGAGGUUACAAAAAAUGUAGAGAGUAAUAAUGCGAAUAUUAAGUCCAGUCUACUGGAAAUUCAUGGUGAUAUGAUGCGUUGUUGGGAAUGGAUUGGCCCUAUAGAAAAUAAGGCGACGCAAAAUAAAUAA